AUGACUGUAAUUUUGACUCCCACUGAAGAGCAUUAUCUUAAAAGAGAGCUUCUGAAACAUCAGUUAUGGAAGGAGUUUUCUGAUCUUAAUGAUAAGUAUGCUUUACGAAGAUUUGGGUACCCUUUUACUUCAAAUGAUCCAUUAUCUUCUGAUCCAAAAUCACCUACUUCAAAAGUUAUUAAAAGGGUAAUCAAAUCACCAACUUCAAAAAUAUCUGGAUUAAUGGAUAGUAAUAACAAUAAUAAAACACCAACUGAAAUUGUUAGAGUAGAUUUUAAUGAUACCGAUUUCCCUAUGAUGAGUUUUGUAUUACAUAAAUUUGUAAUGAGUUUCCCAUUAUUAUCAAGGGAUUUGGCCAAUGAUCCAUCUUUUUGGCAACGUAAAGUUCAAGUAUUCUUCGAACAUUUUAUGUCUAUGGAGUUUAGUGAUAGUUUUGAUAGAGAUGAAGCUACUAAAAGAAGAAAAAUCGCAAGAAAAUUAAGUAAAGUCAUCUUAUUAUUAUUUAAUUCUGGUAUUGGUAGUGGGUUAGAAGUGCAAUAUUAUACUGAAGACAAAUUUAAAUUCCAAGAUGAAGGUGCAAGAGAAAGAUCUAAAAUUGAAGAAUUCGCAAUCCCUACAAAACAAAAGUUGAGAGAUUUGGUUACAAAUGAACCUGUUUAUAUUAAUAAUUGGGAUUUAAAUGUAAUAUCAGUAGUGGAAAAAACACAUCUUCCGCAAAAUUAUUUAAAACUGAUCUCAAAUUUAAGUCCUCGCCAUAAGGCUUAUGAUAAUAAUUCAGAUGAUGACAAGACGAUCGGAGAUAAUGAUUCAGAGACUACUUCAAAACAUAAGUCAUCAUGGAUGAAAUCAGCACUUGGUAUAGCAUCUGCUCCAACAGCCUUGUUUUCAAAACUAUCAAUGUCUGAAAACAAAAAAUCAGUAGUAAAACCGAAGCAUAAAUAUCAUUUCAUAAUAAAAGCUAGAAUCCAAUCAGAAACUAAUCCAAGUAGAAGUAACACUAUUUAUUGUGCAAAAACGUAUGACGAUUUUAAAAAACUAGCUCAUGAUUUAAAAGCUGAAUACCCUGGUAAGGAUAUUCCAAAACUACCCCAUAAGAAUAAGAAGUCAAUUAGCAUUACAACAACCGCUACUUAUCCAGUAAUUGAUGAAGGUUUGAGGACGCCAAAAGAGAAGAUUAUAUCGACCUUUCAAAUAGAUGAUGAAGAUAUUCCAAGUAUAUCAUCUCAAUUAGGCAAUGAUUCACUACCAAAUGAUAAUGGAGGUUCAAAGCGUAAUGGCAUGUCUUAUCAUUUUGGUAACAAUGAAGAUAUAGAUGAUUAUGACGAAAAUUUGGUCGAAGAUGAAGAAGACGAUGAAGGAGAUUCUGAAGAAUUCCAUGACACUGUGGAUACAAAAAAUAGCGUUCUACCUAGAGAAAGACUAAGAACAUCACUAAGACAAUAUAUCAGGAGUCUCUCUCUCGAUGAAGAAAUUUCUAAAUGUUCUUAUUUCACUAAUUUCUUCCAUAGUAAUUUGAUCCAAGAAAGCACAUUCAAUUGUUUUGUUUUGGACGAUAUUAAAAAUAGAGAAUUGGUCGAUGUUAAUAAUUUGGAGAAUCAAUUGAAUUUCCAAAAAAUCGCAUUAGAUAAAUCUAUUAAACUUCAAGAUUCUAUGACAACUUUUAAGGAAUCAUUUUUGAAAGAUAAGAGUUUCUUAAUUAAUUUAAUGAGAGAAAUAAAGGAAAAAACCAAAGUUGAAGAAUUAUCUCCGUUACUAAGAGAUUUUGUUGAAUGGUGUAAGAUAUACCUAUCAUCUACAAUCUAUCAAUUAUUCUUGGGUAACGAUAAUAGUUAUGAAUUCUAUACCCAAGUGAAAAGGUUACAUAGACUAAUGCCCUAUACCGUUAUGAGUCAAAUUAUGAGAUUUACUAAUCCAAUGGCUAUUAUGAAAGGUAUGAUCGAGUUGUUUAUGGCACAACCAUUUGGAGGAAACUCUCUAUUACAAACAAUGUUUUCUUCUGUUUUAACAGACGAUCUAAAAAGUCAAGAUGCUGUUAUAAAAGCAUUGGAAACCAAAUUAGUUGGAUCUUGGCCCCAAUCUAGAAAUGCUAUUGGUUGUUUAAAGAGUACAGUAUUUGAAAAUGAGUCUGGUAAAUUUUUAAAAAUGGACGAAAUACAUAAGGAAACAGAAUCGACGGGCUUCCCGAUGAUACUUGUCAUUUUAAUAAAGUGUUCAGAAGCUCGAUUAUUAUCAGCAAAUGAAUUAAACGAAAUUAUGGAGUCAUAUCUAAAUUGGAAAAACCAUAACGAGAGUGAGGAUAGCAAUGAUACACAACUUAAUAAAGGUGUAUAUUUUUCGCAACUUAAGGAAUUAUUCCAAUUAUACUUGAAAGAGAAUGACAAAAAGUUAAUGAGAAAAUUAUGGCAGGAUCCACAAUUAACUCAAUUGCUGAAAAGCAUUUUUACAAUGAUCUAUGAACCUAUGGUAAAGAUAUUUAAGGUAGCCAGAGUUGAUAUUGCCCUAAAAAAUUUUGAAAAGUUUAUGAAUGAUUUAAUCAAGUUGAUGGAUAAUGUUAUUAAUGGGCAACUUGGUGCUUCAACAGAAUUCAAUGUUGUUGAAGCUAUAAAUAAUUUAGUUACUAGCCAUCAAAACUCAUUUUUGGAGUUUGUACAUGAUGUCUACAAUAACGAUUCAGAAGGUAUAUUUGAAGGUUUUGUAACUUGGGUAUUAGAUAUCAUAGAUUUCUUACAAAAUAGUAAAUUUGGUGAAGAUGCAACAAGGAUUAAUUUUACUACGAUGUUAGAAGAAAGUUCUACCAAUGGCGAACUUGUUCUCAAAGAAAUUGAUAAUGUUAUUGAUCAAAAAAUUACAGGACGUAAAUUAUAUCAACAGCUGUUGCAACUAAAAAUUGAUGAAAGUGAAAAAAACAAAACAAAAUCUAGUUUAAUUGAUAAGAAUUGGGAGCAUAUUAGUUCUGUAUUCUUAGAAAACAGUAAUAUUUCGUUUGGUAUUAAUGAAGGUGAACUAUUAGAUCUAGAUCUAGAUACAAAAGACUAUGAUUAUCUACACAAAGAUGGGGAAGAGUCAUUAGAAAGAAAGUAUCAAGAAAUCCUUAAUAGAGGUAUUGAAACAACUGAAAUUGAAAACCUUGCAGAUCAAGAAUUUGAAAAGGCAUUGAAAUGUUAUUUGAAUAAAGUUGGAUAUAAAUAA